AUGGAGAACUUGAACUUGUUGGAGUUCCUCAUUAUCACCUUAAACUGUAAUGUGACCAUCGUGGGCGUGCUCUGGCUGGUCGUGGCGGUCUUGCUGAGGAUGCUGCUGGUGGUGCUGGCAGGCUCGCCGAUCUACCAGGACGAACAGGAGAGGUUUGUCUGCAACACCCUGCAGCCGGGAUGUGCCAACGUUUGCUAUGACCUCUUCUCGCCCGUGUCGCCGCUGCGCUUCUGGCUGGUGCAGAGCCUGGCCCUGCUCCUGCCCUCCGUGGCCUUCGGCGCCUUCGCCCUGCACCGCGGCUCCAGGCUGGCGGCGGCGGCGCGCAGGCCCCGGGUCCCCGACCUGUCGGCCGCCUACCUGGCCCACCUGCUGCUGCGCACCCCGCUGGAGGCCGGCCUGGCCGCCCUGCACUACCUUCUCUUCGGCUUCUCUGUGCCCGCCGUCGUGUCGUGCUCCCGCGUGCCCUGCUCAGGAGCUGUGGAUUGCUACGUGUCGCGGCCCACGGAGAAGUCCCUCCUGCUGCUGUCCCUGUGGGCCCUGAGUGCGCUGUCCUUCCUGCUCAGCGUGGCCGACCUGCUUUGCAGCCUGGCGAGGAGGCCACGGGCGAGCAGGCGGUGGGUGAAGGGAGAGGCCGGCCCGGUCUGCGAGGGCCCCACACCUUCCCCGGGCCCCGUGCAGGACCCUCGGGGCUGUCAUGCCCAGGACGGCGGCCAGGAGGCGCAGGGUGUGCCCGAGCUCCCGCGCGCGUGGACAGCUGGCCAGGGCGGCCGCAGCCACGCUGGUCAGGGCGGGGCAGGGCGGGUGCAGCAUUCAGACCACGACGUCAGCGAGGCCGCUUCCUCAGCCGGCGACAGGCUGACGGAGGCUCACACAGAGCGUGAGUUCAGAUCCCACAGAGAGACGUCCCCCGACCUGGGGGCGGAGGUCACGAGGUCAGAUGAGCCGCCCAGACACUGCCCGGCCAGCCUGCCUCAAGCUCCUGGGCGGCUGGCCACCUCGGGCAGCGCCCCUCACCUGAGGCCCAAAAAGUCUGAGUGGGUCUGA